AUGAAUAGCCCAGUUCUUCGCCAGUUGCGGGGUCGCAAUGCGGUUAUUACAGGCGGUGCUGCCGGACUGGGUGCUUCUCUCGCUCUUGAAACAGCAUCACUGGGGAUGAGAGUGAUUGUCGUUGAUAUUGAUACUAAGGCUGCGCAGCAAACUGUGAGCCAGAUCACGAGGAGUGGUGGCGCCGCCGAAUAUAUCAAGACCGACGUCUCCGUGCCCACAGAGGUCGAUAAGCUUGCAGAAUCAGUCUACCAGAAGCACGGCUCGGAUAUCCCGCCUGAGCGAUGGGCAGCCACCAUCGACGUGAACAUUCAGGGUGUCGUCAGCAGUGUGCGAGCUUUUCUACCCCGCAUGAUUGCGUCUGGGGAGGAAAGCUGGGUUGCCAAUGUGGGGAGCGUAGGUGCAAUGGGCGUCGUACCGGCCCAGACAGCAUACAUUAUGACCAAGGCCGCUAUUCAAGCUUUCACCGAGGGGCUCUUUGCGGAGAUGCAGCUCCAACACUCGCCCAUUCACGUAUCCCUCGUACUUCCCGGGCUGCUACGUACUGGAAUUUUUCGCCACAACAGAGACUCGCAUGAAACCGGCCAGAGUCAGCUCCAAGCAUAUCGCAAGUACCUGAGUCAGCUUGCAGACACCAACGGGAUGGAUGUUGGAGAGGCUGGCAAGCUGAUUAUGGAGCAAAUUGUGAGUGGGAAAUUCUGGAUCACGACACACCCAGAAACCUUGGACGAUUUUAUCUGCAAGCGGGUGCAGUACCUACAGGAAAAGGGCUCUCCUGUGUCAAUGAUGCCCAAGUCAAGUACUCUCUUCGAUUUCUGA